GGCAACAUUAGUGUUAUCCGCACGACGAGGAGGAUUGAUGGAAGAUGCUUCCCUAUAACCUUGCUCGCGCGUACGCCAGAGAUCUAGUAUGCAGAUAAGCAGGCUGGCCGCGGCAUCGACAUUCACACUGCCACUUUUUUGGGCCACGAAACUUGCAGCGACUAGUUCUUGGUCAGCGGCUCCGAUCGUGCAAAACUCACAACAACCUUUCCUCUUUGCUCCCAACAUGACGCGUGGAGCGGUGAUUUCUCUGUCACAUGGAGGAGGUCCUAUGCCUGUGUUGGGCGACCCGGCACACAAAGAGAUCAUCAGGUCUCUGAAGACCCGCGUGCCGGAGAUCUUGCGGCUCAACACAGAUGAGCAACCACGGGCCAUUGUGAUCGUGACGGCGCAUUGGUCCGAAAGGCGACCCACCAUAUCCAACGGGAUCAAGCACAAGUUGUACUACGACUAUGGCGGAUUUCCGCCAGAGUCCUACAGGUUGAAGUACGACGCAAUGGGAAGUCCCGACGUUGCAAAGGAGAUUGGAGACGCGCUGUCGAGCGCAGGAUUUGAGCCAGUGUUCGACUCCGAAAGAGGCUGGGAUCAUGGCGUCUUCAUCCCCAUGUUGCUCAUCAACCCCAGCGCCAACGUUCCCAUCGUCCAGAUGUCGGUGCUCUCGUCGGAAGACGCGUCCGAGCAUUACAGGAUGGGACAGGCGCUGUCGAAGCUCCGCGACUCGAACGUGGCCAUCAUCGGCUCGGGUUUUGCUUCCUUCCACAAUCUGCGGCUCAUGUUCAGCGGCAUCUCUUCCGACCCGGCCUUUCAGGCGCGCAACGCCGCCUGGAACAAGGCCAUCACCGAAGCCGUCUCCGAACCGGAUGUCGAGAAGCGCGGCGAACUGCUGAGUAAGUGGAGGGACUUUCCUGGCGCCUUCGAGAUGCACCCGUUACACGGCGCAGAGCACUUCCUGCCUCUCAUCGUAUGCGCGGGAGCAGGAGGCGCGGGCGAGCCUGGAAAGUAUACGGACGAGUUCAUUGGGCUGGACAUGUACAGUUACUACUGGCGCUAAACACAUUAAUUUUGGUUCCCUUUCGAAUGUCGUACCUGCGUGUUCCAAGCUUUUUGACAAGAUAGAUCCUUGCCGAUCUAGUGCCAAAGACUUCAAAGACUUGAAGAGUUUUCAAAUUUUUUUGAGCCGAGAUUUUUUUCCACUUCCUCGUCAUAUUUAUGUAUUUUUUGCCACGAGGCGCAAGGAAAACAACACGUCUACGUUUUGUG